GCCAUGGAGGUGGAGUCUGCGGAGGUCCGGUCCUCCGCCCCCGCCCCCGGCUACAAGCGUUCGGGUCGCCGCUACAAGUGCCUGUCCUGUACUAAGACAUUUCCAAAUGCGCCUAGGGCAGCACGUCACGCUGCCACACACGGUCCUGUAGACUGCGCAGAGGAGGUGGCGGAAGCGAAGCUGAAGCCGGAGACAGAACCCAAAGCAGAGGAUGCUGGCGGGGACAAGGUGUCUGGUGCAUCGGCUAAGCCUCGGCCUUAUGCAUGCCCGCUGUGCCCCAAGGCCUACAAGACGGCACCCGAGCUGCGCAGUCACGGCCGCAGCCACACUGGCGAAAAGCCCUUCCCUUGCCCCGAGUGUGGCCGCCGCUUCAUGCAGCCCGUGUGCCUGCGCGUGCACCUGGCCUCGCACGCUGGCGAGCUGCCCUUCCGCUGCGCUCACUGCCCCAAGGCCUACGGCGCGCUCUCCAAGCUCAAGAUUCACCAGCGUGGUCACACGGGCGAGCGGCCCUACGCUUGCGCCGACUGCGGCAAGAGCUUCGCCGACCCUUCGGUGUUCCGCAAACACCGGCGCACGCACGCGGGCCUGCGGCCAUACGGCUGCGAGCGCUGCGGCAAGGCUUACGCGGAGCUCAAGGACCUGCGCAACCACGAGCGGUCCCAUACCGGUGAGCGCCCCUUCCUCUGCUCAGAGUGUGGCAAGAGCUUCUCCCGCUCAUCCUCGCUCACGUGCCACCAGCGCAUCCAUGCGGCUCAGAAGCCCUAUCGCUGUCCAGCCUGUGGCAAGGGCUUCACGCAGCUCAGCUCCUACCAGAGCCACGAGCGCACCCACUCCGGCGAGAAGCCCUUCCUGUGCCCGCGUUGCGGCCGCAUGUUCUCCGACCCCUCGAGCUUCCGGCGCCACCAGCGGGCGCACGAGGGCGUGAAGCCUUAUCGCUGCGAGAAGUGCGGCAAAGACUUCCGGCAGCCCGCAGACCUGGCCAUGCACCGGCGGGUGCACACGGGUGACCGGCCGUUCAAGUGCCUGCAGUGUGACAAGACGUUUGUGGCGUCUUGGGACCUCAAGCGCCAUGCGUUGGUGCACUCGGGCCAGCGGCCCUUCCGCUGUGAGGAGUGUGGGCGAGCCUUCGCCGAGCGAGCCAGUCUCACUAAGCACAGCCGGGUGCACUCGGGCGAGCGCCCCUUCCACUGUAACGCCUGCGGGAAGUCCUUCGUGGUAUCAUCAAGCCUGAGGAAGCAUGAGCGGACCCAUCGAAGUAGCGAGGCCGCAGGGGCGCCCCCACAGCAGGAGCUGGUAGUGGGGCUGGCACUGCCAGUCAGCGUGGCAGGCGAGGGCCCCGCGGCCCCGGCAGCAGGUGCAGGGCUAGGGGACCCCCCAGCAGGGCUGCUGGGGCUGCCCCCGGAAUCAGGUGGUGUGAUGGCCACCCAGUGGCAAGUGGUGGGCAUGACGGUGGAACAUGUGGAGUGCCAAGAUGCUGGGGUUGGGGAGGCUCCUGGUCCCUUGGGGGGAGCAGGCGAGGUCGGGGGCGAGGAGAAUGAUGAGAAGCCACCGCAAUUUGUGUGCCGGGAGUGCAAGGAGACGUUCUCCACGCUGACGUUGCUGCGACGGCAUGAGCGCUCACACCCAGAGCUCCGGCCCUUUCCCUGCACCCAGUGCGGCAAGAGCUUCUCUGACCGAGCAGGGCUUCGCAAACACAGCCGCACUCACAGCUCUGUGCGCCCCUACACCUGCUCCCACUGCCCCAAGGCCUUCUUGAGUGCCAGCGACCUGCGCAAGCACGAGCGCACCCACCCUGUGCCCAUUGGGACCCCCACGCCCCUCGAGCCCCUUGUGGCUUUGCUAGGAAUGCCUGAAGAGGGACCCGCGUGAGGCCCGUCGCCCCCUCCAGCUCACUCCCAAGAGCCCAGACCUCACAGGGUGUCUCCUGAACCUCUCUGCCCCAGCUCACUCUUUAGACUCCAGAUCCCUGCCCCCCCCAGGCAGCUAGCUCUCCUUGCCAACAAAGAGCUGGGGACAAUGGAGGUGGGCAGCGCUGUUGAGAGACACGUGUGGUUCUGAGUAACACUCAUUAAAGCAUUUCACUUUGACAC